GGUACAUCGACAUCUGCUCCCGUAACCCUCUACCUAUAAGCUAGGGUCUUGUCUUGGUUGCUUUGUGAAUCAUCGAAGGUCGAUUGGUAUUGAGAUGCCCAGUCCCGUCUCACCAAUCGCGACCACUAGCCUGCAAUCACUUACCUGCGCCACCUACCUUAGUCGACCCGUGCCUACAGAACAAGCAUCAUCACCCACCCACGACCUACAAAAACCCGCGUUAGGUCCACAAAAAGAAGAAAACCAUGCUUUCAAGAAGUUACAAGAAGCCGUUAUCCUUAGCAAGUCGUCAUUAUCCGAAACCAAUCUCACGUUCAGCCCAAAAACCCAGUAUGAAGUGACCAAACGUUUCAAUCCCGAAGCUGAUACUGUACGUCUGGCCUUGGCCGACAACAUCAAGCCACAAGUUCAGUUGUUUGGCAAUCGAUUGAUCAAGGACUACCACGGCGUAGAAGAGCGACAUUUGAAAUAG